UUGUCCGAAGUGAAACCCAUCAAGCUUUUUUGAUGAAAUUUCGCUAUAAUUUGCUAAAUCAAACAGAAACGUUAUUAAAUUUGGUGACUUAUUUUUUAGGGAUUUUGUGGUUGUGGCGUCCCUAACCUAACAAAUUUGAGAAAUGUUCUAGAAGCUUCGUGAUGGCAAUGUUCGGUUUGAUAGUAUCAGGGCGUCCGGUCCAAACCGAAUUCCAGCCGAUUUCCGAGACACAAUUCAUAACCACAAUCCCAGAAGCCGACAGUAUAAACCACAUCGUGGUGUUCCUAACAGGGGCUAUACCGUUCCCCGAAGGCACCGCCGGUCAAGUCUACUUCAGUUGGCCUGACCCACACGCGCCCCCCAACUGGCAGCCCCUCGGCCACAUUUCCAACAUAAAACCGUCGGCAAUUUUCAAAAUCUCAUCACUGAAAAAACUCGAAGAGAUGGGCGACUCGAUGAAUAUUUUAUUCGGGCAAAGUCACAUCGUACACAAUGCGCAAAUAGGGAUCGCUAUUGAGCCGCUGGCGAAUAUUCGGGAAAUCGAAUCGGCGAAUAAUCCCAGUAAUAAUGUCACGUUUGCUCAGAAAAUGUUGGAGAAUUUUAUGAAUUUUGUGCUGAGUUAUACGGUGACGCAACCGCAAAUGGUCCCAGAUCCCACGGCCACGUACGUUCCGUUGGCUACAGUACAGAACUGGUACACGAAUUUUGAACGACGGUUGCAACAAAACCCCAAUUUUUGGAAAACGUAGAGGAAUGUGUGCAUACGUGUGUCUUGUGUUCAUCAAAGCUGGAUUAUGGCGGCUGUUAAGUCUCAAAACUCACUCGCUUUUAAUGUAUUUAAAUGAAUAAAGUAUCGAUUUUUU